AUGCCAGGAAGCACCUGUAUCAAACAGAGACUGGGCUGGCUCUUUGGCAUCGCCAUUUAUCUCCUUUCCUGCUUUUUGUUUCUGUGUGUCACCGGCUGUGAGCUGAAGCCAAAGGGCAGUCUGGAAUGGGCAGCUGAGAGGGAGAUCAGAAUCGAGGCCAUCCAGAGAGUUAUUCUGCAGCAGCUUGGACUAGAGAAACCUCCUGAGGUGAUUCUGAACGUUACCCGGAGCGAGGAGGAACAGGUGUACAGUUUUUACCUCCAGCGAAAGAUUUUUGAAAAGGAGAAUGAGAAAAACAGCAAAAAGAAAACAAGGAAGCAGCUACUUUUUGACUUGAAUGCAUGCAGACAUAAAGUCGAAGUCAAAAGAGCAGAGCUUAAACUGUUCUUUGGUCCAAGUCACAGCAAAGGGUCUGAGACAGUGCAACGGAUCACAAUCUACCAGGUGCUGAAUCCCAGGGAAUCCAAACGCUUGAUGGUGGCUUCAGAACUCAUAAGACUACAAGAAGCCGGGCAGCCAGGCAUUUUUAAUAUAAAGAAAGCCGUUAAACAUUGGCUGGCACACCCACAAGACAACUAUGGUCUUGAGCUGGAGUUUUCUCAUGACAUGAUAAACCGUAAUCAAGAGGCUUGUGUUGGGGCGGAAUUAAAAGUAGAAGGAUAUCAGUUUUUACAAAAGAGAAGGACUCAGAGGGACAGCCCCUCUGAAGACUGCCAUAAGAAUGUGAAGCAGUGCUGCAGGAAAUCUAUGCAAGUGUCUUUUGAGGAGAUUGGCUGGGCGGACUGGAUCAAAGUCCCUAAAGUUUACGAUGCCUUCUACUGCGAUGGCACUUGCCUGCCGAAAUAUAAAAAUGCCAAUGCGUACACAGAGAUCAAGUCCAAGAUGCAUGAUCUCUCUCACGGCCACAUUCCCGGUCCUUGCUGUGUCCCUGCUGAUUAUGUACCUUUAACAGUCAUACACUUUAACACAGAGGGCAAGCUAACAAUCUCUGCCCUGGAUGGCAUGAUUGCAUCCAAAUGCCACUGCUCUUGA